AAUCCACGGCGAUCCGAGCCAAUCCAAGCAAUGUUUUGCGUUUUUUUCCUCUGCAGCUGGAUAGGUGGGCUGGGAAGUUUUGGGGCGGGCUGAGCUUCGGCUUGCUUGAUGCAUGUCGACAUUUUGAUAUAUUGUCAGUCUUACAUGGGAUGCAAGUUUCACACAUCAACUCUGAACCUAGACUGAGCGCACGGCCCGAAGAGAAAGAUAACGUGCUCGCUCCCAGUCCGUGCGCAUUUCGAAAGAUCGCGUGAAGGGGCAUCCAUCGUCGACAUUACCACUCCGUCUGUAAAUUUUAAUUGCGCGGCGCUUAAAAAUUGGCCGCUGCUAAACAUCGAUUAAUUUUAAGCCCCGUAGUGCGGACGUUGAGACCUCGAACAUGUCUGCGGCCGAGUUUCUCAAGGGACUGCCUUCGUACAACGAGAACAACUUCACCCGUUUCCAGGCAGAUGCCUCGUGCAAAACCACCGUGCGGAGGCCGUCGGUGUACCUGCCUACGAAGGAUCAUCCCUCGGAUCAAGUGAUCACCACGGAGAAGACCAACAUUCUUCUGAGGUACCUUCACCAACAGUGGGACAAAAAGCAGUCGAGCUCCAAGAAGCGCGACGCCAAUCGCAGCGGCCUUUCGCAAGACGAAGACACCACGACGCCGCGGAAACGUGCGCGUGCGGACACCUCCAACACGGAUGCAGACUCCCCGUGAACCGGCCGGCCGGACGCAACUGGCGCGCACGUGGAGCAAACACUCGUCGUCCACACUGUGCUUCUUCCUUAACGGAUCAGCCUUUUUCUUUUUUUUUGUUCUCGCUCUUUUGGAGUUUCUUAAAAACUGAAUUCGAUCUAGGGAUUUCAUUAAAAAAAAAACGAUUGGAGUCAUCCGGGCGAGCUCUCUUCCACCCGUCGUCGUGCCGUCUCCUCGUAGGACGACGCGACUCGAACUCAGCAGUCUGUCGCUGCGGGUAACUUAAAAAAAAGGGCUUUUUUUUUAUUCCUCUCAUUUGUCCAUUGAGUUAAAAAUAUGUGAAAAAAUAGUAAAAAUUUUGACAAUGUAUUUUUUUCUCUUCUUGUUUCGCAUUUUUGUUUUGCCAGCGCACGCAGUACUCCGGCUGCUGCCGUCCUCGGCACAAUGUUGCCCAGAGAGGCGUUCACUCGCCAGAACCUGUCUCAUUAUUUGCUAUAAUUGGAAAGCGAAGACCUGUAAAUCAUUUCAGAGUUGCACGCAUUCCCAGAGGGCACAGGUCCGAGCAGGCAGAUAGCCUCACAAUGAGGCUGGCAGUUAAGAACUAGAGCGAGCGGAAAGCUUCCGCAGGGCGACGUCGUCCUGCCCGUAGCCUUAGAGGUGCCACAAGGUGGCUUUGGGCCCCUGUUCCAAGUUGAUUGGGUGAAUUUUGAGAGCAGCUGUCCGUCUGGCUCCAGGUUACACGAUCCGUGGCACAAAUGCUUUUAUUUAAGUCAUGCAACAGCUUCUAUCGGGGAGUCGACUAGGAUGCGACGAGGUGAUACCGAAGAACUCAAAUUUGUAUGUUUUGUUAUUAGAGGUGGUUGAAUUACGCGAGCACCGAGAUAGACAAAAAUCAAGUGCCGAGGUUUCUUUUGAUUAAACAUAUUGGCUCAGUGAAAUACAGAACAGGUAAGACGUGUACUGUUGCGAAUUUGUUAUUAAAGGGGGUCCAUGCAUUUGUAUGCCUGGAGUGUCUCGCUGUGGCUAGCAUAACCCGUUUUCCAGGCCUCGCUUAGAUUGGAGAAUUCAUGUGGACAAGAUUUUCAUUCCUUUCCAAGCAUGGCAAAAGUGGUGUGUGACCAUGUGAACAGUCGCCUGGAACACUUUAUUACGUAAGGAGUCUCGUGCCAUGUUGCACCACAUUUGAUUGAGAGCAUGCCUUAGCGGUAAGCUGUUAUGCAUUGAGUGUUGUGAACUCUGGCUGGUGCCAAUGUGAGAAAUGUAAGAUGAGAGCAUUCAGAGCCGAAGGAUUCUUCCGAAAGGUCGUGGUCUGACCGCGGAAGACACAACAUCUUUUUGUUUAGCGGAUGCAAAUGUUGCCGAACAACUUGUUGGCUAGGCACCACGAGACAAACAUUUUAACGAUACACACUCGACGUGUUUGUUGCUCGUUGGCGGCACUCAAGCGCUGGAAGGCUCACCAACUAGACGCGUCUGUCGUGUUUUCAGGCAGAGUUGGCCAGCUAUUCUGUCUAGAGGGUUCUGUCUUUGGAUAUGGCUCCGACUUGCACGUGCGAACAAGGUACGAGAAACGAUAUUGCUGCCAGUAAACUUGCCAAGAAGAAUGUUCGGGGGUCUGCGACACGUAGUAGACCGCCCCUGCUCUGAAUGUUGCUAUGCGUUUGUGUACAUGUUCGAAUUGAGUGCCGCAAAACGUUGGGUCGUCACAAUGGCCGAAAAUCCCUCUCACGUUUUUCGACGGCAAUGUGUGUAUGUGUGUGCGCGCUUUUUGGAACCUUGUUUUUGAGGAGAGGUGUGUACUUUGCAUGGGGUACAAGGAGAAAGCUCAUGGGGUCGAGAACUUUGUUGUGUACAGAUAGCUUUGCUUUCCAGGAGAUGGCGGAGUCGGUACGUCGAGAUGCAUCAUUGUUUUCUUUGUUCACCCGAAGAGAUUUGCAAACUGGUACCUAUGCAUGCCUCUGUGAGCAACGUGAUUGUGCGUUUCUUUCUCUGGAGAGCUGUUCUUUGUGUUGUGUAUGGCCAGUGUUUGUCGGUCUUUGUUUUUGUCCAUGGAAAGGAGCUCUUAUGGCAGAGUGUUGAAAUUCAGAAAUACGAUGGACCGACAUUGCUUUUUUAUAUUUUUGUUUUCUUUGCUACUAUGGAUACAGAUGUGUUAUUAUCAAGGAGGAUGUCGUUUGUUUCUUAGCAUCAUAAUAAAAGUUCCCCAAGCUA